GUACAGCAACAUUGUAUUAAAAGUGUCCGGAAUUAUUUUCGAUACUUUACUAAUAAUAUCCGGGCAUUAUUCUCGUGAUUUGUGGUUAAGAUCUUGUGACAGCGUUGUGUUUACGUGUGCAAAGAUCUGCAGGCGUCUCCUCCGCUCUCAGACCAGUCUGCCAUACUGGCACCAAGUCACUCACUAAAACCUCUGGCACGAUCAUACCGGAGUUUGCAGAUUUGAUAUCUAUAUCUGCCACUGAAUAACAACAACAACAACAACAACCUCAUUGUUGCAGCUGAGAUGAUCCACAGUCUGUUCCUGAUUAAUCACUCGGGAGACAUCUUCCUGGAGAAACACUGGAAGAGUGUCAUCAGCCGGAGUGUGUGUGAUUACUUUUUCGAGGCGAAGGAGAAGGCAGUGGACCCGCAGGAUGUGGCCCCUGUCCUGCAGACCCCGCACCACUAUCUCAUCUCCAUAUACAGGGGCAAGCUCUUCUUCCUGUCUGUCAUCCAGACUGAAGUCGCUCCAUUGUUUGUCAUUGAGUUCCUGCACAGAGUGGCUGACACAAUCCAGGACUACUUUGGAGAAUGCUCAGAAAAUGUAAUCAAGGACAAUCUGGUGACCGUGUACGAGCUGCUGGAAGAGAUGUUGGACAACGGCUUCCCGCUGGCAACAGAGUCCAACGUCCUGAAAGAGAUGAUCAGGCCUCCCACCAUCCUGAGAUCAGUCGUCAACACGCUCACAGGAGCCAGUAAUGUUGGAGAUACAUUACCAACAGGUCAACUGUCCAAUAUCCCGUGGAGGCGAGCUGGUGUUAAAUACACCAAUAAUGAGGCAUACUUUGACGUGAUAGAGGAAAUAGAUGCCAUUCUGGACAAAUCAGGUACGCCAGUAUUUGCAGAGAUCCAGGGUGUGAUUGAAGCCUGUGUGAGGCUCACCGGGAUGCCUGACCUCACUCUGUCCUUUAUGAAUCCUCGUCUCCUCGAUGACGUGAGUUUCCACCCGUGUGUGCGGUUUAAGCGCUGGGAGUCGGAGCGCGCCCUCUCGUUCAUCCCGCCAGAUGGAAACUUCACGCUCAUGAGCUAUCAUGUCAGCUCUCAGAAUCUCGUGGCCAUUCCCGUGUAUGUGAAGCAGAGCAUCAGUUUCUUUGAGUCGGGACCUGGCGGCCGCCUGGACAUCACCAUCGGACCCAAGCAGACGAUGGGGAAGACAGUGGAGGGCCUGAUGGUCACUAUCCACAUGCCUAAAGCUGUGCUCAGUGCCAACCUCACAGCCACACAGGGAAACUACACCUACGACAUCGCUACCAAGGUGCUGGUUUGGGACAUUGGGAAACUGAACCCCCAGAAGCUUCCUAACUUGCGAGGCAGUCUGAGUCUGCAGGCCGGAUGCCCCAAACCUGAAGAAAACCCGCCACUCAACAUUGACCUGAAGAUCCAGCAGGUGGCCAUAUCAGGUCUGAAGGUGAGUCGUCUUGACAUGUAUGGAGAGAAGUACAAGCCGUUUAAAGGGGUCAAAUAUGUGACUAAAGCAGGGAAAUUCCAAGUGCGGACCUGAGCAGUGACUGUCAGAGGUCAAAAGUCAACAAUCCAAUGUGCCAAAAAGGAAGCAAGAUUAUCAACUCUCCAAUAUGUCUUACAAAUCCUCUGGCUCAUUGUUAUUUAUUAUGUGUUUGGCAUUACAUAUAUAUUACUAGAGGAUAUUUGUGGCCUGUAAAGGGAAGCCUUAAUAAUCAUGUGAAGUUCUAUUAGUUUAUAUCCAGUUUAAAUGUGAUACAUUGUGUCGAUCAUUCCUCUUUCUUUUUGUACACUUUCUAAAUAUGUUUCUUCUUUUUAACACCUUCUGAGUGUUGCCUGAGGGGAAUAUUUUUCGUUUUGAAAAGGGACACUCGCAGCUCACCGCCUCACUGCUCACUACAUGAACACAACUAUACAAUCUUGCUUGCAUGUUGCCUGAAAGUAAGCAGCCCUUAAAAACCUUUUUACACUUUAUAAGGUAGCAAGUUUUAUACUUGUAUAUAUGUUUAUUUUUGACAAAUCAAAUGUAUCUACUUUCUGAGUAGCCGCAGUGUCUUUAGGGCGGUUAUUUUUGCACACAUUCACUCUUUAAUGUGGCCUUUUGAGGUAGAUUCAAGUGCUUUGCAUAGCACACUACAGCACAAACUGCAUGUUUUAAAGGACUGAGGGAAGUAUAUUUUUUAAAAUACAUCUUUAUAUCAAAGUUACAUAGUUAUCUGCAGGGCCUACACAUGAGCUAGUGAUUCAGGCACUCUGUUGGGAACAGUUGUGUAAAAAGCACUCAAAAAAGAAAUCUACAAAAUCCUCACAUAAUCUUGAAUGCAACUUCUUAACUCAGCACAAGGUUUGCACAAUCAAUUCUCCAUGUGGAAAAUACUACUUGUAUGAAGUUGAAUCUGUAUUUCAGUGAAUAAGAUGUCUCAUAAAAACGUUAAAAUGA